AGCAGAGAGGGGAGCAGCCGUGUGUUCGUGUCUUCUGGCUUCGCAUCUCCCCCUCUGCAAGACUGCAACCACAACAAUUUGCAAGUAGCGGCAGCGGCGCCGGCGGCGGUUUUGCAGGCUUCCGAGGGCCAAGGGCGGCGUGACGGAGGCGGCGAGGUUGCAGACUUUCAGCGGCCGCGUGCGAGUUGCUGCAUGAGCACCAUGGCGUGGUAUCCGUUGCCGCAGAGUGGAACCGCGCUGUCGGCCGGCGACGAGAUCUUCGAUAACCAGAGCGCCGGCUGGUCGCUGUGGAGUUUCAGCUCCUCUGACGAUCAGAGAACAGCCCCGGCGUGUUCAGUCAAGCAGGAGCGCGGCGUCGCGCUUUCAGAAGAGCAGUCUGUCCCGGCGCCACUCGAGCCGCAUCAGUGCACGCACCCAACCGACGAGAUCUUCCUGAGCCAGUUCUUGGACGAGGAGAUGCGGCGGAUGGAUGCCCCAUUCGAGGCGCUGGACAUGUUCCCGGACUCGAUGCACCGUCUCCUCUCCUACGAGGACAUGCUCAGCGGCGUGCUCACCGGGAAUUCAUUCGAGGAUCAUCAGGGUGCCAAGCUGGACCGGAACGGGGUGGACACGAUGGACACCUGCGGCUUCCCUCUCUUCAGCCACGACCUGCAGACCGCGGAGCCAAACAGCGCCAUGGAUACCCCGUCCAUGGAUAAGGUAAGAGCGACGCCCAUCCAUCACGCAGUGUUCCCGCUGGCUGAACUGAAAGCAGGCUGCGCUGACGAGCUCUGGAUGGACAUUGCAUUGCAGGAUGGGAUGGGCACGAUGAAGAGGAGCAGAUCGUUCGCUGUUGACGAAGAGAGACCGAGGGGCUUCGAGGCGCCGGUGCUCGAGGAACUCGAGGACGUGGUGUUCCAGCUGACCAGGAAGACGCGGAUCUGCUUCCGGGACGCCUUCUUCAGGCUGGCUGAGGGCAAUGCGUCCAGGGUCCCAGCAGUAGAAGCUUGCCUGGAGCGCGGGGCGAACGCGAUCGACAGGACGGUGGCGGACCUGGCGAUGAGGAAACCGUGCCCCGCUCCUCUUGAUGUCCACGGUAGCUGCCUCGCCGGCGGCUCGGGGGCGGCGGCGGCGCAGUCCGCGACCGGCUGGACGGCCAGGGCGUAGGAGACUGGCAGGCUGAUCCAUCUUUGUUUACCAGCUACGAUGAUGAUGGCCAAUUGGCCAUGUGUUUGCGAAGAUGCAGUAGAAGCAGAGAUCUGUACAUACUGCUGUAACAUUUUCAGCCUCUUUUUACAUGAAAAUAAAUUAAUUAAAUAAUGUAGUUUUGUUUAUCAUGAUAAUAGUUUUCUCCAUAAUUAUCAUUUGUCACAUCUUCCGCCGUUUAACGCGAGGAGUUUUUAGUCCAUGUAGAUGAACAUGGUGAUUUAUUAUUUUAUUUCAAAUUUAUGUACUAAACAAAAAGGUAUGAAUAUAAUAA